GACACGCAUCUACCUCCUCUCCUCUUCCUUUCUCUGAGCCACCGAGCAAGCGACGUACGAGAGAGCAAUGGUGGGGCGAGCAACGACGGCGCCAAAGCGGAAGGGUGGCAAUGGGCGGCAGAAGAUCGCCAUCCGGCGGAUCGAGAAGAAGGAUGCUCGGCAGGUAUGCUUCGCUAAGCGUCGGCAGGGCCUGUUUAACAAGGCCGCCAUGCUGGCGGCGAUGUGCGGCGCCCAGGUGGCCGCCGUCACCUUCUCGCCCGGCGGAAAGGCCUUCUCCUUCGGCCACCCCUCAGCUCAGGCCGUCAUCGAUCGCUUCCUGGCGGGGGCCAACGCGUUGGUGGUCCAGGGCGCCACCGACGACAACGAGCUGAAGAAGCUACACCUGCAGCACGGCGAGCUGCGCACGCAGCUCAAGGAGGUGAAGUUGCGGAAACAGUGCGUGGAGGAGGCCAUGGCAAAGGAGCGCGCCGCGGGGGAUCAGAUUGCGGCGUGGCUCGACCCUGAACUGGGCGACAUGGGGGAGGAGGAGAUGAUGGCCUUCGCCGCCGAGUUGAUGACGGUGCGGGCCGCCGUCUCGGAACGCGCAAACCAGGUGCUCUUGGAGGUGCAGAAUGUGAGCCUCUUCGGUGGCAGUACCUUUGAGCUUGGUAGCAGCAGCAGUGCCAACGCUAGGAUGGAGAUGCAACAGAUGCAGAAUGUGAGCCUCUUCGGUGGCAGUACCUAUGAGCUUGGUAGCAGCAGCAGUGCCAGCGCCAGGAUGGAGAUGCAACAGAUGCAGAUGGUGAUUCCUUCGACGCAGGGGUUCGCCGCCGGGAUGCAUAUGCACAUGCACCAGAUGCUAAUGACAAUGCCUCCGCCGCCAGGCUUGUCCUACGGGGUGGAUAUGCUGCAGAUGCUUAUGUCGAGUCCUCCAUCACCAGUUUUUGGCAUAGGGGUGAAUAUGCAGCAGAUGGUUAUGACGAUGCAGCCGCAACCAGAGUUCGCCGCUGAGACGGAGAUGCAGCCGCAACCAGAGUUCGCCGCUGAGACGGAGAUGCAGCAGGUGACUAUGACGAUGCCGCCGCCGCUGGGAUGAAAAUGGUGCAGCAGGGGGCCGGGCCGAAUAUGGGCUUCCCCUGCUGAGGAGAAAAGGAGAAGUUACAUAACCGAGUCUGAGUCACUCUAUCUAUUAAUCCAUCAAAUGCAUGGAUGGACACCGAUCUCUUAGUUCAUUGUCAAUCUAUUUUUAUUAUAAAUCGUGCUUGCAGAUGAUCAU